ACCGAGCACGUAUGUAUACCAUUUAUAUAUUCAACCUUUUCCGUUGUUACUAAUUCUUGUCAACUCAUUGCAAUUACUAUUUUGCAGAAAACUUUUGUUUGGGUGCUUAAAAAGCUUACUCGAGUUGCCAUCUAACUUCCGCUAUUAAAUACUUAAUUGAUAGUGAAAGUGAGGGAGUAUGGAAUCGUUGUUUGCUAAUAUGAAGGGAUCAUUGACAACAAUCAUAAACAAUCAAGAGGAUGCAUUUUGGGGAGAGAAAAUAAGUGGAAGACUGAUAAACAAGGGUUUCCGAUGGUGCAAGAGCUUUAGAAGCAUGGAAAGGGGUAGAAAAUUUAAGGCUGGAUUCGCCUUCUCUGUUCUCACUCGUGAUAUAAACAAAAACCUACUGUCAUUUGAAGAUUCAAUCUUUGAGGAGGCAGACCCAAAAGCUGUUGUGUCUGUCAUUCUAGGUGGCGGUGCUGGAACUCGUCUUUUUCCUCUUACUAGCAGAAGAGCUAAGCCAGCUGUUCCAAUUGGUGGUUGUUAUCGGCUAAUUGAUGUACCAAUGAGUAACUGCAUUAACAGCGGCAUACGGAAAAUUUUCAUCUUAACACAGUUCAAUUCUUUUUCCCUCAAUCGUCACCUUGCCCGUACAUACAAUUUUGGGAAUGGAGUGGGUUUUGGAGAUGGAUUUGUGGAGGUUUUAGCUGCAACCCAGACUCCAGGGGAUGAAGGGAAAAUGUGGUUCCAAGGCACUGCUGAUGCUGUGCGGCAAUUUAUAUGGGUAUUUGAGAAUCAGAAGAACAAGAAUGUCGAGCACAUAUUGAUUUUGUCUGGUGACCAUCUUUAUCGAAUGGACUACAUGGACUUUGUUCAGAAGCAUAUUGACACGAAUGCUGAUAUUACAGUUUCAUGUGUUCCAAUGGAUGAUGGUCGAGCUUCAGAUUUUGGAUUGAUGAAAAUAGAUGAAACAGGACGUAUCAUCCAAUUUGCUGAGAAACCAAAAGGUCCUGCUUUGAAGGCAAUGCAAGUUGACACAUCUAUCCUCGGACUAUCUGAGCUAGAGGCAGCCAAUUUUCAUUACAUGGCAUCCAUGGGUGUUUAUGUAUUCAAAAGUGAUGUUCUACUAAAACUUCUCAAGUCAGCAUACCCUUCAUGCAAUGACUUUGGCUCUGAAAUUAUUCCUUCUGCUGUGAGGGAUCACAAUGUCCAGGCAUAUUUGUUUAGUGAUUACUGGGAGGAUAUUGGAACAGUGAAGUCUUUCUUUGAUGCCAACUUAGCCCUCACAGAGCAGCCUCCAAAGUUUGACUUCAAUGACCCGAAGACACCAUUCUACACUUCUGCUAGGUUCUUACCUCCUACAAAAGUUGACAAAUGCAGGAUAGUGGAUGCAAUAAUUUCACAUGGUUGUUUUCUGAGGGAAUGCACCAUCCAGCACUCUAUAGUUGGUGUGCGAUCACGCUUAGACUAUGGUGUUAAGUUUAAGGAUACAAUGAUGAUGGGUGCAGAUUAUUAUCAAACUGAAUCUGAGAUUACUUCACUACUAGCAGAAGGAAAGGUUCCAAUAGGGGUUGGACCAAACACCAAUAUACAAAAUUGCAUAAUUGACAAGAAUGCAAAGAUAGGAAAAGAUGUGGUUAUCCUGAACAAGGAAGUAAGUAUCUUUCUUCUGAAGUUUAAAAUAAUCAUAAAAGUGAAUACAAGUUUACCUGAUGCUUUGAUGUUGCAGGGUGUUGAAGAAGCUGAUCGGUCGGCAGAAGGAUUUUACAUUAGGUCCGGGAUUACUGUCAUAAUGAAGAAUGCAACCAUUAAAGAUGGGACAGUCAUAUGAAAACUUGUAAAGUGUUCUUGCUAGUGGAUCAAGUUGAUCCUCGGAGGAAAUAAAAGUAGGCUGGUACGGUCUAGUGAUAACGAAGUGCUAUUAUGGCUAUUACGGCUUUUCGGACAUGGUAUUUUGUAAUACCUUACAAGCUCCUAGAUAAGUUCCCAACUAUUCGUUAUAUGAUUAAAAUCUCCAAAGCGAUUAUGUCAAACCAUAAAUAAGUGUCAUGACCAUUCAUCUUGAGUGUGAAGAGUUUUUAAUGCGAUUGUGGUCAUAGGAAGCACUUUGAGCAUAGUGGAGUUGAGAACAUUUGUAUUGAUUGAGUUUUAAUAUUGGAUUCUACAAGGGUCAACUUUAAA